AUGAAUUAGACAUAAAAUAAAUCUUCUCUUCUCUUAAAUAGUACAAUUAGAAAAGAAUCAUUCUAACUAAAAUAACAAUCAAAUUUAUUAAAGUAAUCUAAAUUAUUAAAUUAAGAAUAUUUUAUGAAUGUAUAUGGAGGAUUAGUAAAAGACGUACGAUCUGUUUAACAACUAAAAAAUAUUCGUUAAAGAAAUAAAUAAUUUAAUAAUAUUUCUUAUACUUAUGGAUGUCCAUGUUUUCAUUUAGCAGGCCCUUAAUAAAAAAGAUAAAGAAUAUUAAAAGAUGAUUCUUGGUAUACUGGGGAUUCUUCUAAAAUUCCUAUAGAAAGACCUAUGAUAAUUAGCUUUUUAUAGGCAAUUCCUUCUAGUUUUUAUGGAGAUUUGAUGCUUUCUGAAGAGAUGUUGAGUGGAUAAUGGAGUUCUAUAAAAAGAACUAAAAAGAACGAAAUAGACUUAAAAAUGAAAAGGAGUAAAUUUUAUUAAAUCUUAAAUGAUCCAUAUUUCGAAGAUUAAUCUAUAAAAAUUACUUUGGAAGGAAAAAGAAAAAAAGAAUAGCCAAUAUAAGUUUCUAUAUCAAGUUUUUAUAAUAUUCAUUCUGGUACCAUUAUGUAGGAUUCUGUAGGUAAUUAUAGUCGAAUUUUUGGAAAUUAAUGUGAAGGAAAAAUCGAUAAGAAAUAAAUGUCCUAAUUUGUUGUAUAAUUGGUAGAGAAAGAGUCAGAGUUUAAUGUAUAAGAUGUUGUUUCUUAUAAUUAUAAUUAAUAGGUGAAUAAUAAAGGAAAAGAGUUUAUUAAAAAUAGUAAAUGUAAAUAUAAUAUUGUACUUGUGUAAAAAUAAAGACCUAGUUAAAUUAGUAAAGAAGCUAUAGAGGUUUUGGAAGAAUUAGGAGUUAAAAAUUAGGAAGUUCUUAAAAAAAUGUUUCUUUAAUAUGAUGAUGUAUAUGCGGAAAGUUUGACGUCAUUAGCUAUUAUUAUUAGAGAUUUGGCUUUAUUGGAUUUUAUUUAUUAAUAAACAGCUAACAAGUUUUAAAAUGAUAUUGAAUUUAGAAAAUUUAUUUCUGUAGAAACUUUUAGAGGAUAUUAAUAAAUAGCUCAUUUGUUUUAGAAAGAAAGAAAAUUCUUUAUUUGUUUUGUAAAUAAAAUAAAUAAGUAUUUUAAUAGAAUGAAUUUUGUUUCGUUAUGUGCAUAACCCAGUGAAGAUUAUAGUAAUAAUAUUAAAAACUCAUAAAUAUUAACGAGAUCAUUUGAUCAAAAAAAAACUUCAUUUGAUAAUUUUAUUGGAAAAUGUAUAAAUAAUAUAUAUAUAUAUUAAUAUAUAUAUAUUUAAUAAUAUAUAUAUAUAUAUAUAUAUAUAUAUAUAAAUAUAUAUUUUAUAUAUAUAUAUAUUUAAUUUUCUUUAUAAUUUUUAAAUGUUUUAAAAAAUGAACCCGAUGGAUUAAAUACUGUUAUUCAAAAUUAAAUUAAAUAAUAUCAUUUGAACAAUUAUGCAAAAUAAUUUAAAUAUUUUGAUAAAUUUGAAAUCCCAGCAGAAUUCGAAAAUAAUUAAUUCUAAUGUAUAGUAUUUGGAAAUAGUGAUAUUUCUAAAGGAAGAAAAAGCAAAAAAUUAAAUCGUAAUGAUAUUAGAUAUUUUAAUUUAAUACAUAAUGCAAUACUUAAUUAAAAAAAUUUAAAUAUGUUUAUAGAAAGAUAUAAAUAAUGCAAAUUUAUGUUUUUGUAAAAAGAUAUUUCCGGAAAUACACCUGGACUAUUACUUUUUAAGAAAGGAAAUACUUAAUAAAUACUUAAUUUUAUGAAAAACUGUAAUAAAAACAUAAUCAAGAGCUUCCAAAAUGAUACAAACUAAAAUAUUCUUCAUUUUUUAUUUCAAAAUAAAAUUGCUGACAUUGACUAAAUUUUAGAAAAACUUCCAAAACAGACAAUAAAUGAAUUAAAAAAUUAAGAAAGCAAACAAGGAAUUUUCCCUUUAUAAUAUUAUCUGAAAUUAAAAUAGGCAAUCAAAUUUUAGUAUUUGACUCUUAUUGUACCUGAGUUUCCUUUAUAAAAUACCGAAGAAUUUAUAAAAAGGAGUUUUUUUUUGUCUCUUUUUAAUUUGAGUUUGAAAAAUAAAUAGGUCUUAUUAUUUUUAAUUGAUAGAGUUAAUCAAAUGAAUUGCUUAUAUAAGUAUUCAUAUGUAUAUGCAAAACUUAUAGAAUAUAAACUUUCUAGUUUAUACAAUAGUAUGAUGAUUUAAUUGAUAGAAGAUGAAAAUUGCUUAUGUAAUAUCUUAAGUUAAUUAGAUUUCAAAAUCUCACAUAGAUUUAUGAAUUAUUUUAGCAGUAUUGAUUAUGAAAUAGGAGGUUCAGAUAAUAAUUAAGAUAAAAUUAGGGAGAUUUUAAAUUUAUAAAAAUGUAAUUAAAAAGUUCUCUUAGUGUAUAUUUUAUAUAAUAAUGCUUUAAAUAAUUUCUUGUAUUUUUUAUAAUUUUUAUGCUAUUAAGAAUUUUAAGAUUAAUAGUAACAAGAAUAUUUAGAUAAAAAGAUAAUAAAUAUUGCUAAUUUAAAGAAUUUUAUUUAGAAAAGUUAGAAAUUAGAUGAAAUAUUAAAAAUUAUAAAAAAAGAUGUGAAUAGGUUAAAGAUUACAUAUUCUAAAUAAAUGAUUUAGGCCCUUUUUGAUUUAGAAAUUUUUAGUUUUUAAGAAGUUUUGACUUUAUAUAAUUUAUAAGGAAAAAAGAAUAAUAAAAAUCCAAUUUUUUUCCCUUUUUAAAAUAUGGAACCUGAUUAAAUUAAUUAAUAAAAAAUAACUUUUUUCCCUUUGAAAUUAUUCACAUAGAAAUAUAAAUGGGCAAAGUUUUAUUUGGAAAAAAUUAAUAGUUUGAGCUUACAAGAAGACCAGGAAGCAUAAUUAUUUUUGAAAAAUAAUUUUGAUUUAUAUUUUGGAAAUAAUUGGCCGGAUUUGUGGAGGAUUCUUUGUAAAAUUAAGGUUUAGAAAAAAAUAAGACAUGGAUUUUACCUUUUUAAAUAUUUAGAUUAGUUAAAAAUGGAAGCUGUGAAGAAAUAAUUUCCUAAUAAAAAAGGUCAAAAAAUUACUGUCGAAUAGAUUUGUUAGGCAGUUUAAGAAUAUUAAUAUGGCUAAUAUAGAGAAUUAAUAUAAAACUGGAUAAAUUUUAGUAUAGAAAUGCCUGAAUUAGUAUCUUCUAGUUUAUAUUUAAACAUUUUUACAGGAGAAUGUUUCAAUUUAUAAGAAAUCGAAUGGGGAAAGAAGAUAAUUUAACUUUGUUAGAAAUAAGAAUUGUUUAAAAUAAACUUUUUAUGUCAAUAAAAAUUAAAAGAAAAAAAUUAUUAAGAUUUAAUUAUUUCUGCUUGGAAAAAUUAAGGUAAAAUGAACGAAAGAUGGGUCGAUGACUAAAAUAUUUCCAUAUAGAAAUGUUUAGACUAGGAAUAAUUUUAAGAUGCUAUAUAAAAAAUAUACUUUUUAGAAAAACAAGAAUAGAUUUAAAUUGCAAAUAAUAUUUUUGAAAGAUUUGUAAGAAUAUUAAUUGGUUUAUAAAGUUAAUAAUAGAAUAUAAUUUAAAGAAAAAAUGGAAAUGUUUUAAAUGAUAAAACUUACGAAGAUUUAAAAAGUGAAAAGGAAAUAAAAAAAAGGAAAGAAUAUGAAUAAAAAAUGGAAAGUCUUUUACUUUUAAAUAAGAAGAAAUAAAAUAUAUAUUAAUAUAAAAAAUAUAAAUAAUAAUAAGUAUUAUUUAUGAAAUAGAAAAUAACUACAAAUAUAUUUUUAAUUGAAUAAUUUGUUGAUAAUCUGUUUGAUUUACUUAAGGAGAAUGUUUAAGAAAAAAACCUUAAAUUGAUUUUAUGCUUUAAAGUAGAAAAAGUAAUAAAUUUUCUUAUAGAAAAUGAGUUUUGA